AUGGGACGCGGAUGUCGCCUAUGCCAUCCGGAACGACAUCGCGGGACGAUUGCCCUGUCUGCUACAGGGCACCAACGAUCGUCUGAUGAGCCCCCGCCUGCCUUUCCUUGGAGGCUAAUUCGCCACCAUCAUCAGCUUCUACGCUCCGCCGAUGACCAGCCCGAAACCGCAAAAACUAAAUUCUACGAGGACCUGCACGCACUCAUAGCGACCGUGUCGAAGGCGGAUAAGUUGAUUGUCAUUGUUGACUGCAACGCCCACGUCAGCACAGAUCAUGCUGCCUGGAGAGUAGUGCUAGGCCCCUAUGGUCUCCAUGGCUACAACGAUAAUGGCCUGCUCCUUCUACGAACCUGCGCAGAACGCCGACUUAUUCUGACGAACACCUUCUUCCGCCUCCCGAUGCAAGCGAAGGUCGCCAGGAUGUACCCUCAGUCGCGACACUGGCACCUGCUGGAUUAUGUCCUCGUCCGGAGGCGACACCAGCGGGGCGUGCUGGUGACAAAGGCGAAUCCGCGUGCUGACGUGUGGACCGACAAUCGCCUCGUCAUCUCGAAGAUGCGGAUUUGCCUGCACACUCGCAGGAGAUCACAAGGUAAGCGGCCCCCAUGUAAGCUGAAUAUUGCCUUGUUGGCUUUGCCUUCUCACCAUGUCCAUUUCAGAAACUAGCUAGAUCAGCGGCUAGACAAUCUUUCAGUCACUGCCGCAACCGCCGCCGCUGACGAGAACGCCUGCGUGGAGAACCGGUGGUGUCAACUGCGGGACACUUUCCAGUCGACGGCGCUGGCCGACCUCGAUCGCGCACGCCGUCAGCACCAGGACUGGUUUGACGACGACGACGACGAAGACGACGACGACGACGAUGACGACGACGACGACGACGCCGCUAUCAGCAAAUUGCUCGCAGAGAAGAACCGCCUGCACAAAGCCUAUGUCGGCCGCCUCACCGACAACAACACAGGUGCUUUCUACUGUAGUCGUCGCCUUGUACAACAGCGGCUGCGAGAGAUGUACGAAGCACAGACGGUUCGCAAUACCGAGAAGACUCUUGGGUACGCGGACCGCAACGAAUGAAAGCACUUCUCCACGAUCAAAGCUGUCUACGGUCUGCCAGCUAAAGCAGUUGCACCUUUUCGCAGCGCCGACGGCAGUACCCUACUCACCGAGAAGGCACAAAUUCUACAACGAUGGGCCGAGCACUUCAGAGGCGUCCUCAACCGUCCGCCCACCAUCUCCGACACCGCCGUCAUCCGUCCGCUUCAAGUGGAGACCAACGCCGACCUCGACCUCCCGCCCUCUCUCCACGAACCCAUGAGGGUCGUGCAGCAGCUCUCCAGCGGGAAACCGCCCGGAUCGGACGCAAUCUAUGCUGAGAUCUACAAACACGGUGGCUCCCAACUCAUGGAUCACCUGAUUGUGCUCUUCCAGGAGAUGUAA